UGGACGGAUAUGCGGCGAUGCUCUUGCGUGUGAAAGCGUCUGCAUGGCCCUCUAAGCACCUACGGGGAGAUUUCGCCUCGGAUGAGAGAUUAGGAGGUGGAGGAGGAGCCACCAGCAUCAGAGAGGAAGAAACAAAAACGGUGUCUUUUGCUUUUGGUCCAUCGCGUCCACUCGUCGGUGGCAGCGGCCCGUCGAUUCUCAGAGGAAGCCGGGGGCUGGAUUUGAAAUGUCGCAGGGAUGUGCUGAAAGCUUGAUGAUGCAAGGAGGAAGUGGAGGAGAGAGGUGGAGUGAGCCCUUCAAGGCCCGGGACAGGUUUUAAUUAGACCCCCCCCCCCCACCCCAUUGCAAAAUCAGUGACGUCUAUGGUCAGGAGGUGAUGGCAGUGCUGACUCAGUUUCACCACUACUAUUACCCAUACCUACAGAUGGAUACCUGCUACCUGCACGUCUGAGCCUGCACCCAGCACUGCCCCCCCACCUCCCCACCCCCACCUCUCCCUGCUCAUUUCCUACCUCUUCCUUCACCCUCCUUAUACAGCUACCACUUGUCUCUCCCCCACCAUUUCUCCUCCUAUCCCUCCAUCCAGUUUCCCCACCUGGAGUUUCACUGUGUCUCUGCAAUCGUACUUUAUUAUGGCGUGCUGUGGGCGCUCUCUGGACUCCCCGUGCACACUAGCCUUGCUGGUGGGCUUCCAGUUUGCUUUUGUCCUCUACUUCUCCCUUGGGGGCUUCAGAGGUUUGGUGUCUGUCCUGGUGCACACCACAGAGCCGGAGUUUGAUUACUCUCGCCCUCACGAUGUCUACACCAACCUCAGUCAUCUGGGAGUGCCGCCUCCCCCGCCUCGCAACUCUGGCACUGGACCCCCUGUCACAGGACCACCGCUGAGAGACUGCCAGAUCCCCUCCCCGCUGCUGGUUGGACCUGUGUCUGUCCAUCUUUCCUCUCCUCUGUCUCUGGAGGAGAUCAGACAGAGGAAUCCAUUAGUGUUGCCGGGCGGACGCUACCGGCCUCCAGACUGUGAACCCCGCCACCACACAGCGAUAGUGGUACCAUACCGGAACCGGCAGACCCACCUCCGUGCCCUGCUCUACCACCUCCACCCCUUCCUGCAGAGACAGCAGAUCCACUACAGCAUCUACAUAGUGCAGCAGUGGGGGAACAGUACUUUCAACCGAGCCAAGCUGCUUAACGUUGGGGUGCGGGAGGCCCUCAGAGAUGAAGACUGGAGCUGCAUCUUCCUGCAUGAUGUUGACCUGCUGCCCGAGAAUGACCACAACACCUACACCUGCCACAAACAGUUCCCCACACACCUGUCUGUGGCCAUGGACAAGUUCAGAUACAGGCUGCCGUACCCACAGUAUUUUGGUGGGGUGUCUGCAGUGACCCCAGACCAGUACAUGAAGAUGAAUGGCUUUCCCAACCAGUACUGGGGCUGGGGUGGAGAGGAUGAUGAUAUUGCUGCCAGAGUACGUCUAUCUGGCAUGAAGAUCGUGCGCCCUCCAGUGGCCAUUGGUCAUUACAAGAUGAUCAAGCAUAAAGGAGACAGAGGCAAUGAGCAAAAUCCACGCAGGUUUGACCUUCUGAAAAGGACCAGACUCAACUGGCGCUCUGAUGGCCUCAACUCUCUGACCUACGAACUUCUUUCCAAAGAGCUGGAGCCUCUCUACACCAACCUCACAGUCAACAUUGGAGAAGACCCCCAUCUGCCCCAGGGGAAAGCACCCAUCCCUGUGAAAGCAACAUCCCCUGUCCACCAGCGUGGCACCAGCAAGACCGAAGACACAGCCAAACAACAAAAGAGACAACAGAGCAAAGAUUCUGUGGUGGCAAAUAUGACUGUUGCCAAGCCAGUCGGUGAAAAGACAGAAGCUGCGCGGUCAAAAACGGUAAAUCAGACAACACGGGAAGAGACUGGUGUGAUCAAAUAGGAUGACAUGUAUAUGAGGUCUGUAAUAAAAGGACCCAUCACAUCUGUAGCAUAAAGUGGCUUCGCCCUUCGUUUUGAUCUGAAAGACCAAAUGGAGGACAGCAGUGUGAAUCUGUUCAGUUGUGGGGACUUCAGGUAGACCAGCUUUUUAUGCUCAGUGCAGGUUAGGGAUAGUUAUGCAAUGGAUCAAAUGAAGAAGCCACUUUUGUCUACAGGGGUGCAAUCAGGCACACGACUGAGUCCCCUCUUGGUUUCUCAUCCACCGAAAUGUGACUCCGGCUCUCACGGCUGACGUAAGUCAGUGGUCACACUCAUAACUAGGAGAAGAGCGGUGAACGACUCGGUCAUAUCCACAUAGAGGUCCAAAACAAAAUAAAUGAAAAUGAGACUGCAAAUAUAUAAAUCUCUGCUCCUUUCCAGACAUCGCAAGUUGUACGCAACCCAUCUGCUGCCAGCAGACCUGCAGCUUCAUCAAGUCUGCUCCCAAAAAAACUGCUGUCAGUCCACCCCACUCCACAGUGGGUUUGUGUUUCUGUGCCUUCUAUCUUUUAUGCGCAUUUUAUAGACUGGUAUAGUUGCUUUUAGACGCUGACCUGGGGUUAAUUUUACCUUUCCUGCCUCGUGGAAAAACGUUAAAAAGCAGGGAGAAUGAAGCUGAUCCCAGAUCAGAACAAAUAAUUCGUUCCAGGACUGCCGUUUUAUAUUUGUGUGCAUUGAUCAAGCGCUGACCAACUCCAUAGUUAUCAGACAAUUCUAGAGUUUAUAUUUAUAUAGAGACUUCUUUAUUUGUUUACUGGUUUGUUUUACUUGUCCUUCCUUACGGUCUGGUGCCUCUCUCUCUUACGUUUAGUUUCUAGACAAUCAAAAGAUAGCUCUGUAUCCAACCACAUAACAAAGCGAGGAAAUAUUAUCAUGACUAUCUUUAAGCCUGUCAGAUAAACAUAGACUUGGCAUGAUAGUUGUUGUUCUAGUUUGACUAUACUCUUGAUACAUGGAUAGGCCUGUGCUUCUUAUCUGUGGUUUUUAUAAUUUUUCUUUUAGAUUAAGUCAGGUAAUGGGGGGCAAAAGGCUAACGUGAUUACACAUUUGCCAGUUUCAGAUUGUGUUUUAAUAACAAAAGUGUUCAUAGUUACCAUGAAGCACUGUGUUUAGAUUUAGACGAGGGUCUUUCAGUAUGUUGUGAAAGACUUCAGUGCAUCUAAAAGCUAUAAGAUGAGUGUCUGCUUCUCCUUGUCUUUCUUCGUUUGCUAGAACACAGCUUGUGUGUCUCACAGGAAAGGAAACAAGAAGAAAACUCAUGUAUUAGACAGAAAAUUAAAUCGUUUUAUCAUGAGGAGGAUGCCAAAACAGAACAUACAUUUAGUCAAUUUUUGUUGACAGCUCAAUUAUCAUCUAUUUGCGUGAUCAAAAACCGACUUCAUUUUUUGGCAUUCAGUUUUUCUUUUUCAUAUCAGCCAUUUGGAAUGUAUUAUUUUGAGUGUUCAUCCUACUUUACCUUUUGUGAAGGUUGAGCUUAUCAGGUGAGGUGCUUAGUUUGUGGGUGGGGGACUUGAAUCUGAUCACCGGUAGGCUUUUGGAUUUCUUGCUGCUAUUUGUCCAGGGGAAUGGUUAACUGAACAACUAAACAGCUUGAUUUGUUUUAUCAUACUAACAGGUAAUGUAUUCCUUAUGCUAAUUUGAAUGUAUUUAUGGAUUUAUUUAUUGUGUCACUGAUAGAGCUAAAUGCACAGACUUUUAAAGUGAUUUUGCAGUGUGAAUGCAUUUUAGGGCUUGAAACACCCCUCUCCACUGUAGGGCAGAUUAGUACCCCUUUAUACCACAUCUCCAUGUUUCCUAUGUUAACAUUGUGCCUCAUGAAAUAAGUCCAUAAGGAUUGAAGGUAUACUGCUGUGUUAUAUGUGAGCGCCCUCAAGUGGCACAGUCUGGCAUAGCGCCAGCUAAGAGAAACCAAGUACUGAAUGAAACUGCAGUGUUGUGACAUGAAUGUUAAUCAUUAACGUCGGCCAUUCACAGGUUUCAGCCAAUCAAAUCUUUUCACUGCUCUGUAUGGAGGGUUUCUCGUUUGCGUUGUGUCACAUGAUUGAUCGUGCCAGCUUAAAGGUAUAGAACAACUCUCUGAACUUUACUGGUUAAUAGAACCAAAAACUACUCGGUGUUUGUUUUAUGAAUGGGUAUAGUUUUGUAGAAGGAAGCUGUGUUUAUCUAAAAAGAAAAAAUACCAGAUUUAAACAGAGAGUGCUGUGCAAACAGAUUUUCUUGACGAAGUAUGUAGAGAGACAAUAAGACCUAAGUUCUAAGCUUUAGACAACAUAAGUAUUUAGUUCCAUAUCAAUAGAUAAUAUAUCCACCAUUUAUUAUAUCGCCUGGGACAAUGUUUAUAUGAGAUGAUGCGGUGACACACUGAAAGCUUAAGGGCGUUAUGUAAUCUCAGCAGAUUAAUCAUCCAACUGUGUGCUUACCUGGAGAUUGUUACUAUAUUUAAUAAAUAGGCUAGUUUUUAUAAAGGAUGUGUCGCAUAGGUAUUGGAAAUAUAUACUGUGUAGUUAUAUGAAGUCAAUGAACAGGGUUGGGACUUCAUUGUAAUUUUUUUUUUAAUUCAAAAAGUUUAAUUUUAUCAUGAGUUACUUCUGAUGCUAAACGUUUGAGAAGUGUAAAUGCGAAUGAAGAGAACCACCUGACUAGAGAGAUGGGAGGUGUAUGCAUUCCUGGCAAAUGAGAUGAGAUUAAAACAUUAUACCACUUAUAAGGAAGGAUCAGAAUAUUUUCACCCGUUGAUGCCUGUCAUCAUCUUAGGUUGCCUUAUUUACUGACCUUGUCUUGAAGAAGAAAGAUUGUGUGUGUGUGUGUGUGUGUGUGUGUGUGUGUGUGUGUGUGUGUGUGUGUGUGUGUGUGUGUGUGUGUGUGUGUGUGUGUGUGUGCGUGCGUGCGUGAGCGUCUGUGUUCAAGUGUUGGCUCGUGUGGGGAGCAUGGUCAGCAAAAAAGGCAACAAAAGCUGUGAACAAGGAUGGAUGAUGUUGUGACAGAUAGCA